UCCUCCUCGACCAGCUCCAUCCAACAAGACACCACCCAUUUCGGGUUCCAAAAAGUCCCUGUGGGGGACAAGGAGAAACUGGUCAAGACCGUCUUCGACAGUGUGGCGGGGAAGUAUGAUGUGAUGAACGACCUCAUGUCCGGGGGCCUCCACCGUCUGUGGAAGGACGACUUUGUGAGCAGCGCCGGAUUGCCCGCCGUGCUCCGGGCCCAGGGCGGGGGGAAAGACAUCCGCCUCCUGGACGUGGCAGGCGGCACGGGCGACAUUGCCUUCCGACUCAUGAAGACAGCCUUGGGCGUCGACGCCGGUGCCAGGCUCCCUGCCAUCACUGUCUUUGACAUCAACGCGGAAAUGUUGAAGGUGGGGAGGGCCCGGGCGGAGGAAGAGGUCUUUCCCACCCAGGCGCCUGUGCGGGCCUGCAUGGAGUGGGUGGAGGGGAAUGCCGAAGCUUUGCCGUUUCCCGACGACACCUUUGAUUUGUACACGAUCGCUUUUGGGCUCCGAAACGUGACGCGUCGGGCCCAGGCAUUGGCGGAGGCGCGCCGGGUCUUAAAGCGCGGGGGCCGGUUUAUGUGCCUAGAAUUCUCGCACGUCUCCCUCCCCCUCGUGAAGGACGCCUACGACCUGUACUCCUUCCAGAUCAUUCCUCGGAUGGGCCAGGCCGUGACGGGCGAUGCGGAGGCCUACCGAUACCUGGUCGAGUCCAUCCGGCA